AAUUAAGCAUGGCCUCCGCAUCCCUCCACAGGUGUCACUGUUCAUGUUGCUGUCUGCAGUGUGUGUGAUCCUCAGCCUGGCCGGCUCAAUGCUCUCCUGUCAGAACGCACAGAUGGUCAAGUCAAUGCACAACUGCCAGGUGGAGAAUGGUCUCUGUGUGUGCUGUGCAGGCACUCAAGCCUGCUCCAUGGUGGAUGAGGAUACCUUGGUUCUGUCCCAGAAUGGUGAAUGUCACUCAGUCAAACAUCAGCUAAAGGACCUCCUGUUCAGUGCGUGUGGUCUCAGCAUUCUCUCCACCAUCAUUUGUACGCUGUCCACUGUGACUUGCAGUAUCCACAUAUUCUCCUUGGAUCUCGUGCACCUGCUCGCCCCUCAUCGCUCCCGCUCAGUCAACCCAGAAUGCACCACUCCGCAAGACGCCUUCCUGACCAACAUCAUGGACUUUGAGGAGUUUGUGCCCCCCAUUCCUCCUCCUCCCUACUACCCCCCUGAAUACACAUGCAGCUCAGAGACAGACGCUCAGAGCAUCACCUAUAAUGGCUCCAUGGAGAGUCCUGUCCCUUUGUACCCCACUGACUGCCCUCCUCCCUAUGAAGCCGUGAUGGGCCAAAGAGCUGCAAGCCAGGCAACCGUGUUUGAUGCCCAUGGUACUGAGCUGUCUGGAGAGAGAGGGACCUCUACAGCCUUUAGCGGAGAAGAUGAUUCCUCCCCGUCUGAAGACUCCUGUUUGCUGGAGGUUGGGAUAAGGAGCCAUGGGGGCAACAGGACCUGUGCUGACAGGGGCGACGGCUUCUUCCGCAGUCCACAUUGUCAAACACCAGAGAGUCCACUGGCAGGAGGGCCCAGGGCAAGACGGUUCCUCAGAGGGGAACGGUCUAAUUCCUGCUCCUCGCCUAGCACAGCUACCAAUACAUACAGGUCUCCUGUGCUGCACCGCCAGGCUGUGUUAGCUAGCAGCUGUUCCCAGCUGGAAGCAAUAGGAAACUCUCCAAAUCAACAGCAACGUUUCAUCCCAGAGAUUCAGGUGAACCUCACCGACCCCUCAAACCAGGAAGCUGCCCCGGCCUCAUCUGUUCCCCCUCCAUCGUCUUCCUCAGCCUGUGAGCACGGGAACGGACUGCUCCCUCCUCACGGGACCCUUUACCUCCGACGAAGGGCUGAGAGAAGUGACAAACAUGGAGGGACCGUUAGAAGACAGAGUGAAGGCUUUUUACGCCUUAUGCGGUCGCACAGUGAGCCAGGCCUCGGCUCUUCAACAGACACAGUUGACUUUGGGUCCGGAGGCAGCAAGGCUUCUACAGACACAGCUCCGUCUUCCGAAGCGUGUUUGUUGCCUCGCUCUUCUGUGGCUCCUCCUUCUGCUCUGCCAAGUAAAGGUGGGAUUAAGACAGCAGCCACAGGUGUGCAAAUCCCCCCUAAACCUGCACCCACCUCACCUAUACGUAUACCUAAAGACUGCCACCGCUCUCUAGGAGACCUGAAGGUUACCCGAGGUCUGGUGGCUCGCUUCCUGCAGCGCUCCAAGCGUAACCUGGGGCCACCCUCUGAGCAUGCUGGGAGUACAGGACAGGGGCCAAAGAGGAGAAGUGGAGUUGAGACGGCUGGCUCUGACCACCUGUCUUCUGAGCAAGUGUCGCGGACCCCUUGGAGCACCUGCCGCGGACACCCUAACGCUCACUCCCAUCACCCUCACCGCCGGGGACAUCACCACUCCCAUAGCGACAGUAGACACAACCGGCACUACAGCAGUCGAGCGCCAGAAGGGAUCCACCUGCGCAGCUGCGGAGAUCUGAGCUCCUCCACUUCGUCGUUGCGUCGAUUGAUGGCGCCUCAUGCGCCUCACGGGUCAUCUGGAGCUCUCUAUUCAGAGUCUGCGCUGUGACGAGGAAAGGAGGGCGAAGGAGGAAAGAGGAAGACAAGACAGCACGAUUUUGGCAAAAGUGAAAACAUUCAGAAUUCUUUUUCUCUUCGUCGCCUCCAUUUCCAGAGGUCAGCUGUGAAAACGGCUUUACUUCAGAGGUGCUUCUGAUGGACUGAACGUCAGCGCAGAGCUCCGGCUUUCUUUACGAACAAGAAGAACAAUGAUCAGAAGAGAAUGACCAUUUACAGUACAAUUGCAUCUUUUUUUUUUCUACAUCGCUGUUAGACCACUUCUUUGCUCAGGUGACGAGAUUGAGGAAAUCCUUAUUUUUGUCUUCCAUAUAUAUUAAGAGAAAUACCACCAAAAGCAGUCAGCUGAAUACAGUGUCUCUCAAAAGUAUUCAUACCUGGGACUCCAAGAAUUCUUUUUUCCUCAGAUGAAAGUCUGAAGAGUAUAGUGUACACUAUUAAUCAGUGCCUCUAAGUUGCACUUUGUAGGUCCGCCUUUUACCGAAAUUGCAGCUUCCCCACUGAUUGUUGCAAAGUUGCCCAAGUUUAGUCAAAUUGGAUGGGGAGAGUUUGUGAAAUCCUGCCAACGCUUCCUAUGUUUGAGGCCUUCGCAGAACAAAACAUAGAUAAUGUUUGAUGAUUGUGGAUAAAUAAACUGUUGGCUUAACAGUGUUAAGGUUUUCUGGCCUUGGGUUUAUAGAAAUGAUAAAUUACACAUAAGAAAUUAUCUAUCCAGCUACUGGAACAAAAUUAAACAUGUUUGAAAAAAAUAACAAAUUGGCCUAUAUGUGUUGUUUUGGCAAAUAAACACGUAGCAGUCGUUUCUUAAUGACUUUACCAGAAUGUCCUAAUGCCCCCUAAAACAUUUUCUUCUGCUGUAAACAACAGACAACACCAAAUAAACCUAUUGUCAUGGACAGCCUUAAUGCAUGGCAUUAGAAGGCGAUUCAGUUGUUUUUUUUGUUCUUUCAAACUCAUUCUUGUGAACAGUGAUGCUGCUAUAAUGAUAAAUUUACAAUAUAUCGUUCAGCUCUACUUACUGCUGACUUACGUUGAACUCUUUUCACUGAUGAAAUGACUUCUGAAGGCAAACAGUUGAACUGCACUCUAAUUAGGGGUAUAACUACAACUGUACAACACAUUUUUCAGAUGUUUAUUUGUAAGAAAGUUUGGAAGCCAUGCAUCGUUUACCUCCUACGUCACAAUCAUGCACUAGUUAGUCUCGGGUCUGUCACAUAAUAGUCACAGAAGAUUCAUAAAAUUUCAUGUCGUAACAAGACAAAAUAUAAAAAAUGUAAGUGGGGUGUGAAUACUUUUGGAAGCCUCUGUUUAAUGUACCAUAAGAUGCACCAGUGAGUUUGCACUUGAGGACAAAUGCUGUUACAAAAAAGAUCCUAAAUCAGCUUUAUUUUACUCUUCCCUCCCACCCGCUCUUUAUUUUAAGAGUUAUUUUUCGCCAAUUUGGCAGCGUUCGCCUAAACAAAGCAACCAGCAUUCCUUAUAGAGACACCAAUGGCCACCACAGACAUGACUCCAGUGGUUGAAUUGUACCACGGUGCGUGAUAUGCACACAAAAAGGUGCAUGUUUUUUGCCACAGCUGCAAUACUGCGGGAACCUUGUGCAUUUGAUUCUGCCUGUCCGCGUAACUAAGUAACAAUUGCUCCGAAUGUCUUUAUCUGCAUGUUUGCUUCUUUAUUCUGUUUCUCCUCCCGCACACAGGACCUGCAAUGCAGCCACUUGAAAUGUUGGUUGAGGUCAGGGACAAAGUCACCUGCCAGGUGGCUCCACACGCGCCUCUGGACCUUGGCUACAGGAGGACGAUUCUUGUCAGAUGCGAACUGCUUUGAGAGGCUCUUGCAGUAAAUGUUUCAUGAAGUUCUGAAUACGCACUGUGUGUUGUUACAUUUCGGCUGUACAGUGGUUGUUUAAAGAUGAUUAAAUGAAAAAGAAAAAAAACUCUAGAAGUGUAUAAACACAUUUA